UUUUCCCCUGUAAUUUCAACAAAUCAUUCAUUAUGCCUAGCAGGUGCGUUGCAGUAGGCUGUAGCAAUACAACAAAAGAAGGAGUCAGCCUGCACACAUUUCCAAGAAACAAGAAGAUGAGGAAAGUAUGGACCGCUCAGAUCAAAUUGACUCGCGCAGAAUGGGACGGACCCAGCGAGAGGAGCGUCGUUUGCAGCGAUCAUUUUCAUGACUCGGACUUCGAAGAUGAAGGCCUUUGGUUGGAGUUUGGAAUGAAAAGAUCGAAAAAACUCAAACCAAAUGCAAUCCCGAAAAUCAAGAGCAUUUUUGAGGGGAGAGAGACUGAGUUAGAAAGUGCAGACAAGAGAAAGAAGAGCAGACAAGACGCGCGGAAACCACGGAAUAAGAAGGUAUGGCUGGCGGCGUUACGAGAGACGGACAAACAAGAUCUGGCUGAGCCACACCUGAUCUGUGAGGAGCACUUCCUGCCUGAAGACAUCUCUGUCAAGGGGGUGAGCAACGACGCAAUUCCCAUCAUGCCGCCCUACCUGGAUGGACCGCUAGGCAUCAUCAACCCCUGGGGAGUCGAGUCGUCCGAGGAAGAGGACCAGUGGGGCCCUGUUAGCUGCGAAGAGGAGGAGGAUGAAGAGGAAGGUCGGGAUGAAGCAGCUCAGGUGGGACCUCCUCCUACACCACCGCCACCUCAGAAGGCGCCGAGUCAGACUUUUCACGUUACUUCAGAGGCCAAGACAUCGAGUGUGGACCUACCGUCCAAAGAGAAGACUCCAACAACAAAGCAGUCAAGCGGACACGACACGUCCCUUUUCCUGCUGACUCAACGUUUCCUGCAGCUCUUGCUGGUGGCUCCAGACGGCUGUCUGGACCUCCAUCAGGUGGCCAGCAGCCUGCAGACCCGCAAGUGUCACAUCUAUGACAUCAUCAGCGUCCUGGAGGGCGUCCGCGUGGUCCAGAGGACUGCCAGAAGGGUCCAGUGGAUAGGACAUAGUCCAGUCUCCAAGUUUCUGUGGAAGGACAAGAAAACUUUCCAGAAGGAACUAGAAAACUUGAAGAUGGUGGAGAACGCGCUAGACGGCCUCAUCAAAAACUGUGCUCAGCAACUCUUCGACAUGACGGAUGACAAAGUAAAUGCCACGGCGGCCUACAUCACACACGAGGACAUCAGCCGGCUACCCUCCUUUGACGAGCAGACGGUGAUCCUGGUCAAAGCUCCGGAGGAAACCAAACUUGAGGUCCCGGCGCCCACAGAGGACAGCAUAAAGGUCCACCUUAAGUCGAGUAAGGGUCCAAUAGCGUUGCUGACCUGCGACAUUGGUACAGGAGGAGUGAAAGUGAAAGAAGAGAUGAGCGGCUGCUUCGUGACGCUGGAGGAAAGUCGCAUACAGAUGCAAACGUUGCACACAGACAGUAACAGCCGCUAGGGUGGCCUCCUUUUUUCCUUUUCUUUUUACACUCUGGAUGGUCCGAGGCUUUAUUUGCUUGUAUGCCCACACAAUGUUUAUUGGUAAACAUUUGACACUGAAUCCAGCAAGAAUCUCCGAAAGGCGUCUGUGCAAGAACAUCAGUCCAAAUAAAAAAAAAGGUUUUAGUUUUUUGUUGUUGAUGUGUUUUAUAUGUAUCAUUUAUUGCAGUUAAAGGAAACGCCUUAUGAGAACCACAAAUGUAAGAAAGCAUCACUUGGAAACAAAACAUCUGUUGUUUUUCUGUUAGCCACAAGGAUGCGCUAGUUGUCUUCAGAAAAAAGUUUUUGGACUCCGAAUUUUGUUUGUUUUCAUUAUCAUGGUUUGAUUGUUGUUUCUGUUUCAGAGAGUAAAUCCAUCAAAUAUGCUGUAAAUACUAAUAAAACCUACUA